CAUGACAACAUCCGGGUUACCAAGGAGAAGCAAUCGAUCCCUGUCUCAUGUAACCAACGUAUGACCAAUCAACAGUUGCUCCAUUGGUCAUGUGACACAGACCCAGGAAGAUUCCAAAAAAAAAAGAUGUCCACCAACAGGAACGAUGCUUCGGAACAACUGCUCAGUCAUCUUUUAGAGAGACUUCGCGCUCGCUUGGAACAUAUUCUGGGACGCAUGCCCCUGGACCUGGACUUCUUAGAAUUCACUUGUACACAGGAACUUGUAUUUUUAAAUGCUGUAUCCAGUCAAGCAACGGUUUGCCCAGCUAUUUUGGAUGCACUGACAGAGCUCCACCGUCUCAUCAAUUUGGAAAAAGACAGAAGAGAGCAACACAAUGCAGUUGUGCAGUUUGAGCAAGGACCAUCUGGGCGACUACGGAUGGUCAUAUCCCCAGACUACCUGAGCAAACUUCUGGAACUUAAUUUGUCUGUUCCAUGUAUAGCAAGACUCUUGGGGAUGUCCAGACGUACAGUAUACCGACGCAUGGCUGAAUCUGAUCUCUCGGUACGGGCACUCUACAGCUCUAUGACAGAUGAAGAGUUAGAUCAGUGUGUGAGAGAGAUUAAAUCCAGGCAGCCUAACUCUGGAUAUCGAAUGAUGAAGGCCCUACUGCAAGCCAGAGGACUGAGGGUGCAGUAUGACCGUGUCAGAGCCUCCAUGCACCGUGUUGACACCACUGGUGUCAUAAGCCGAAUGCUCCAUGUAGGAUGUAUUGCUCGACGGACCUACUCAGUUCCAGGACCCCAGUCUUUGAUGCACAUCGAUACAAACCAUAAAUUGAUUCGCUACAACAUUAUUGUCUUUGGAGGCAUUGAUGGUUUUCCCGUAAGGUUAGCACAAUUGUUUGGACAAAGUGCACAUCUCUCUGUUUUUGCUAAAUAUUAUGUGCCUCAUAGAGGUGUAAUUGCGUUUGGAUUCCAGAUCAUGUAUCUUGGUGCAGCCUCUAACAACCUUGCAUCAACAACCCUGGCAUUCUUCCAAAAAUCUGUUGAGAAGUUUGGUUGCCCUGUCAGAGUACGUGGAGAUCAAGGAGUUGAAAACGUGGAUGUUGCACGCUUCAUGUUUACAGUCCGUGGCACUGGAAGGAACAGCUUUAUAUCUGGGAAGAGUGUUCACAACCAAAGGAUCGAACGGCUGUGGAGAGACCUGUGGGUAGCUGUAACAUCCAUCUAUUAUGAUGUUCUCCACUACCUUGAAGAAGAGGGCUACCUCAGCAUCGCCAAUGAUACGCACAUUUUCUGCUGCCACUUUGUGUUCCUCCCACGCUUGCAGGAUGACCUGGACACGUUUUGCAGUGGCUGGGACAACCAUCCACUGUGUACAGAGGACCACAUGACCCCAAACCAGCUAUGGGAGUUGAGUUGCACACAUUACCCAGUUCCAGCUCCAGAUAACACAGAGGGCAUGGAUAUUCCUGACAUUGACUGGGAAAGCAGUGGACUUCCUUCUGAUGACCACAACAGCGUUGGUGUUCCACACACAGCAUGCCCACUGACUGAAAGACAAAUGGCGGCUUUAAAAAAUGCCGUGAACCCAAGAGCUGCAUCCCAGUCCUUUGGCAUUGAUAUUUACAUCGCCACUGUUCAAUUUUGUGAGCAGUUUGUGGAUCUCUGAGACAAUUAAGCAGAGUCGAUUAAUCAGACUCAGCGUUUGAGUUCAUGUUUUUAAAGACUUUCAGUCCAUUCAUUAUUAUCAACAAUAAAGUACAGUCCAUUUUAAGGAUACUUUAUUUGAAGGCAGAACGUUUUUUUUGGAGGAAACUGCCAAAACCGACUGUACCUUCAACUGCCAAACUGUACAAUAAAACAACCGUACAAUA